UUCGUUUACAUGUCCCUUUUGCUUUCUUCCCCACUCAGAGAAGACAGAGAUCCCAAAGGAAUCUUCCCUCGUCUCCCCCAAAAAUCUCCUUCUUCUUCCAUAUCUACCCAUCACUCUUCCUUCCCCUACCAAUUACCAUGGCCAUGAGGGCUCUCAGCCCCACAGCGCAUUUCGCGCUCAUCGAUCUCCACUCCGCGCACUACAUCCCGGCCUCCGCCUUCGCCGCCAUGGCCGGCUCGUUUUCUGCCGCAAUGCGUCGCAGGAAGAUCACAUCCGAGGCGACUUCCCCCGCGAUUCGCCGCCCCAGGGACAGGGGAACGGGAACCGGCUCGGUGUUGACUUCGUCGGGGUCCGCCGCAUCCACCUCGAGCUCCGGCAAUGAGGCGCCGGUGCCGGUGGUCUCGGACCUGGAGUUGUUCCUGGAGAUGGUGCCUGUGAGAUUGAGGCAGGAGCUUUACAGGCACGGGGAGAUCGGUGAGCUGAUCGAGGUGGUUAUGGACUUGGGGAGGAAGCCCCUCGCUCGAUUCCCCUCGGGGGAUUGGGUCAUCUCCCACCACCCCGUCAUGCCUCAGGAUCUGCUCCACGCUAUCUCUAAGGUUGGUGAUUUCUCCGACGACAACCGUUCAGGGAUUGAUCAUUCUCUGCAUCGUAUAAGCGCCAUCCGGAACCGGAAAAUGCAAAUCAUAGGUCUCACAUGCCGUGUGGGCCGAGCUGUCUCUGGCAGUGCUGAGAUCAUACGCGACUUAGUUGAGAGUAGAGGGUCUAUAUUGGUCAUAGGGCCUCCGGGUGUCGGAAAAACAACCUUAAUAAGAGAAAUAGCAAGAAUUCUGGCCAAUGACCAGAAAAAACGCGUGGUUAUCGUCGAUACAUCAAAUGAAAUUGGCGGUGAUGGGGAUGUGCCACAUUCUGGAAUCGGCCGUGCUCGAAGAAUGCAAGUGCCGAAUGUUCACAUGCAGCAUAAUGUAAUGAUUGAAGCGGUCGAAAACCACAUGCCCGAAACUAUUAUAAUCGACGAAAUCGGAACAGAGCUUGAAGCAUUGGCCGCCAGUACGAUUGCUCAAAGGGGUGUGCAACUUGUUGCGACGGCUCAUGGCAUUACUAUAGAAAACAUCAUUAAGAACCCCUCUUUGCAGACCCUUGUAGGAGGAAUAGAGAGUGUUACUCUAGGCGACGAGGAAGCACGGAAGCGAAAAGUGCAGAAAACGAUUCUAGAGAGGAAAGGACCUCCGCCAUUCACAUGUGCAGUUGAAAUGAUAUCGAAAACCGAGUGUCGUGUUCACCACAAGCUAGAUGCUACUGUGGAUGCCAUUCUUGCAGGGAAAUCUCCAUUAUUUGAAAUCCGGAGCACAACUGCAGAAGAAGCUCAUUUUGAUGAUGCUAAAACAGCAUUGGGGAAAUCCCAGCUGUUUAAACUCCGUGAAAUAGAAAUUGAAGCCGAUCAAUCACUAAAGCCGGUUCAACCUACUCAAGAAAACUUUGUCGAAGAUGAUAAGGUUACGGCAUAUAGAAAUGAAGGAGCAGAGACUGAAUCUGACAAGGAAGCUUCCAAUUACCGUCGUAGGUCCAAGAAAGCGCGAUCUAGUGUAUCUGUGAGCAAAAAGAGCUACCCGCUGUUUGUAUUUACUUACAAGAUCCAAGAAGCUGACUUGUUACAAGUAGCGGCCGUAAUGGGGCUCGAAGAUAAAAUAGACAUAACUGAUGAUAUUGCUUCUGCUGAUGCUAUUCUGACAUCUAGUUAUGAAAUGAAACAGAAUCCUUGGAUCCGAGGAGUGGCGAAAUUUCACCAGCUCCCCGUAUAUGUUAUCAAGUCCACUACAAUGGCUCAAAUGGUAAAAGCAGUCCGAAUGAUUCUUGGGAUGGAUUCCUUUAGCUCGACACGAAAGGAGUCUAGAAGUUCCUUUGAUAUUGAGAUCGGAGAUGAUGCGCCGAAAAGGAAACCGUCAUUGGAGGAGAUCGAUGCCUUGGAGGAGGUUCGGGUGGCGAUCGAGUACAUAGUGAUACCCGGUGGUGAGCCGGUGGAGCUUCUGCCGAGGCGAUCGGAGAUUGUCGCUCGGCAACUGGAGCUGGUGGAGAGCUAUCAGUUAGCUGUGGAGAAUUCGGGAACUGAGUCGAACCCCAGACUUCAGAUCCUUCCUCAGAAACUGAAUUCGAAGCUCCCCUCCUCCUCCUCCUCCUCCGGGACAACGCCGGGUGAAGGCACUAGUGUCGCCAGGCUACCGUUUCUCCCGGAAUAGCUCGCCGGGAUCGAACAACUAUGGGCUCGGCUCGGGUGGAGGUGUGGUUAAGGAAAACCUUUCGGAGCAAUGAACAUUGAUGCAUGUUGUUGUAGAGUAAAUUAAUGAAUUGAAUUGUAUAGUGUAAAUUAAUUAAUUAAUUAAUUAAUUGAUGUAUUGUUGGGUGUCUGUCUCUCUCUCUGCCCUUGGUGUGGUGUGGAGGGGUUUGUUUAUAUGUUGUACUGUACAGACAAGGAUAUUAUGGAUAUGUAUGUAAUUCAAGCCAAAAUCAAGGCUUAUAUUUA